UGAUACCAAGGAUGGCCACCCCUAUCUUCAUAGAUAAAGAAAAUGGUAACAUUGGCACCACUGCUGCUUCAAAGGCUCGUCUGAGACUGCUAUCAGCACCUUCGAAGGCCUGUGUUGAAAAAUCUCACCCAAAGACGCCGCUUGCUGGAAGGACAGCUAAUAUAAAUUCAGCAACUGUCUGUUGCGUCAAGAAGGCUCUAGGAAACCUGAGCAGGACUGUAACAUCCACAAAGCACCAAAUCCCAAAAGGAAAGAAGUUCAUAUCUGCAAAAAAGGUUGCUGAGAACACAGGUAGGAUUGGAGGCUGCAGCAUGGCCACUGAAGACUGUCCAGAAAAGGAGAAUUUCUUUCCCUGUAAUCCUCUAGACUUUGAGAGUUUUGAGGUUCCUGAGGAGCACAGACUGAGCCAUUUAUCACUGACUGGUGUUCCUCUUAUGACAUUUGAAAAUGCAUCUGAGAGGUUCCAAAGCAUGAUCCAUAUAACUGGAAAGCCACCUUCAGUUUCUUGGGACUUUGAUACUCUUCAGUCAACUACAGACUUCCUACCUACUUUGGAUGAAAUAGUAAUUGACUUGCCCUUUCCUCUGUAA